AAAGAACCAAGUCUUGGACAACGAGAGAUUUCACUGGGGAAUCCAACUUAAUUGUUGAUGGGAGAGCACAGCAGUCCAAAUUCAAGGCUUUAUCCAUGGAGGUGGGGAAAGUCUGAGUUUGCUGGAGAAGGGCAGUUAGGAUGGGGGCAGCCUGGGGAAGGGAGGGCUUGGAAGCCUGAGGAUUCAGGCUGUGGGCUCUGCUUGGGGUGAGGCCUUGUGUGUACAGACCUGGGGGCUGCUCUGGCUGAGCAGAUGAACUGGGAUCAUCAUCACUGGGGUGAACUGGUGCUCACUGCCUCUGCUUUGAGCUCUGCUGUGGGGCAAGGAGAGAAAUCAGUGAUUUCCAGCUGUUGGAAAAGCAGAAUCCCAGUGAAAUCCGAGUUCUUCAAGGCUUGGUUUAAGAUACCACUCCUUCAGAUGUGUACUCGAUACUCAAAUCUUGAGGUGGUGUCAGACAAUCUGCUUUGUAUAAUCUUAAACUUUAAAAGAAAAAGGGAGAAAAAAAAACAUCCUGAAGGAUUGGUUUUUUAAAAAAUUGGGUCACUUACUGUGAAACUUUGAUACCAAUCCACGUACUCUAUAUAGUAUUUAACCACAAUGCAGUUAAGUGACCUCUGGUUGUUUCAUCUUCAUACUGUGUUGUCAGCAAACGGGGCUUGGAUAGGCAGGAAUUUUUUAGGCUCCUUUGAUGUUACUCAGCAAGGAACAUGCUUCUACCUGUGGGGAAAAAAAAACCAAAACAAAACAAAAAACCCAAACCUAAAAGCAAAAUAAAUUGUUGCAGGACACCCAAGUUUUAAAUAUAGGGGAAAGAGUGAUUUAAAGAAAAAUGAACCACAGGAAAUUCUGGUAAAUUUAAGUCCUUGCACAGCUUUAAGGUAUAUUCAGAUUUUAAACUGAUGUUAAAACUGCUAAACUUGAAGUGAGGGCACUCAGAGAGACAUAGAAGAUUCUCACAUUCAUUAAAUUAUUGCAUUAUGUGAGUUUUUAAUUGUCUUUAAAGUCUUAUGUGCUGAUAUUUCAUAAGCCUUUCCUUAGCUAGCAAGGGACACACUCUGCAUAUCAGUGGAGUUCUGGUUCAUUUUGCAGUGCAGUUAUGCCUUUAAUUCCUGUGAACUUGUUUUGGGGUGGAAGGCUGGGUGGUUUCCUGAUAAUGGGAACAAAGGAAUGUACUUGUGGGAUCCAGAACAUCAGUUCUUGGUUCCUGGUGUGACGCUCCCAGGUGUGAGCAGGUGCAGUAAAUCACACAGGGGUGUGUAGGGAUCACCUGUAUCCCCCCAGUAUUCCCUGAUCUGCCCUUGGAAUUGCCUUCAGCAGAACCCUAAAGUGGGAACUGAUCCCAUGAAGCAGCAGAUCCAAAUGGGAACAAAGGAGAAACAUCCACAAGGUGCUGGGAGAGGAUGGAGAGCCCAGUGUGAGCCUCCUCAUUGCUUUGCUGCUGACACAGCACUGGGGCUUGCUCUGUGUUCCCCAAACAAACCCAAUUCCAAACUGAAAUAAUUGAUUUUUGCCCUUUCCCCCUCCCUUUCAGUAACCCCAAAAAAAAAAAUCAGGAUUCAGGGAUUUUUAGCUCAGAUUAAUAGAGUUGCCUCAGUUCUUGGGGUAGCUGGGCUCUAGGCAGGUGUGGAAUUUGAACCUCCCUAUUGCACAGGGAAUUUUCAGUCCUCACUUUGGCAGUUCCCUGCUUCCAAGUGUGCACUGAAAAAUUAAUGGGAUUCUUCCACAAGGAUUAAUGAGCUCCAGAUCCCCUGCUCUCUCCUUCACUGCCUAAUCAUGCCUGCUUUUAAAAAUGGUAUCUCUGUCUUUUUGGUAAUUAAAAAGGUAUUGCUGAAAUGAAUCCAUAUGUUGUUGAAAGGAGGGGGAAAAAAUUAAAAUUGCAAGAAGGCCUCUGCUUUUGUAAGCAAUAACUGAAUUCCCUCAAGGCAAAUGUGUUAAGACUCAUUAAUUUGAGUCCUUUGAAAAAUUCCCUUGGUUCCUCUCUGGAAGGGCCUUGAGCUGACAGAGAUUUGGUUACUGUCAUGUCUCAUGUCCUUGGGGCAUUGGCAGGGGGGGUGUGGGGGGCUUUGUCCUUGCCUUGUGCCUGUUUCCUGUUUGUUCUCCGACAUGAAUGGCUUUUAAGACAUGGCAGGAAGAAUUCUGAAUACUUUAUUUUCCAUACUACUCAGGCCCAUUGAUGAUUGAGAUUUAUUUUCUUUGUACUCUGGCACCCAUUAAAAUUAAUCAUGAAAUGAAAAAAAAAAAAUUCAGUGAGUGCUGAGAGGGUUUCAUUAAAUCAGAACUGGAUUUUUUUUUUUUUUUUGAGAGGUUUAUGUUGAAUGUGCAGCUUAUUUUAAGUAGGUCAAACGCACUUAUUCCAUGGCUGGGAACACUAGGACAUUUUAUCUUGGAAUGAAAUAAGUUAAGCACUGUGGUUACUGAUUUUUAAAACAGGAGGGGUUUUGUCACUGACUUAACACAGUAUGAAGAUUGCUUCUUAUUGACUCAACUGUCCAUUUUUAUUACUUGCAUGUUUGUUUACUUUUUUGUUAGAUGUAAUGUAAGAUUCUCUUAUCACAUCCAUUCCCUCUGACAUUGUUUGAGUUAACUGAGAUUCUUUAAGCGUUAGCCUGGGGAAGGUGGAGGUGAAACGCGCCGAGCCUCGGGAUAGCAAGAGCCAAACUCCUGGGCCGCCGGGGGCCAGCCAGUGGGGAAGCAGGAUCAUGCCAAGUGCUGCCAACGGCUGGGCAGGGCAGCCCCCUCCGACCUGGCAGCAGGGGUACGGCCCCCAAGGGAUGUGGGUGCCAGCUGGACAGGCAAUUGGUGGAUAUGGACCCCCUCCUCCAGGCAGAGGAGCUCCUCCCCCACCACCACCAUUUACCUCAUACAUAGUCUCCACACCUCCCGGGGGAUUCCCGCCUCCACAAGGAUUUCCACAGGGCUAUGGCACCCCUCCACCAUUUAGUUUUAGUUAUGGUGCUCCACCUCCUCCACCUGACCAGUUUGCCCCCCCUGGAGUCCCCCCUCCACCUGCCACUCCAGGGGCAGCACCACUCGCUUUUCCUCCACCACCACCACCAUCUCAGGCAACUCAGGACAUGAGCAAACCCCCGACUGCUCAGCCAGAAUUCCCUUACAGUCAGUUUGGGUAUGGACAAGACUUGAGUGGGUUUGGACAAGGUUUCUCUGAUCCCAGCCAGCAGCCCCCUCCCUACGGAGGCCCCUCGGUGCAGCCAUCCAGCGGCCCCCCAGCCGGAGGCAGCGGCUUCGGCCGGGGACAGAACCACAACGUGCAAGGAUUCCACCCCUACCGGCGCUAGCCUGGGCUGGCAAUCAGGGAGUGCUGCCCACAGGGACCUCUGGGCACAGCUGAAGCCCGGGAUCCCAGACUUCUGAACUUGUGACAAUCACAUUACUUGAUGGAAGAUAAACCUAACAACAGUUUUUUUCGGGGCGGGGAGGGGGGGGGGUUGGGGGCAGAUGGCUUCUGAAGGCAGAGCUGUGGGUGUUUGGACUGCAGUUUUUAAAGAUUUUACUUUCUCUAACCCAUCAGCACAAAUAAAGAAAAUGUCACUGGUUCAAAUUACAGGGUUUUAAAAAUGUCUUCAGCUUUAAUUCAAAACUUCAGGUUUCUUUUUUUUGAAAUUAUUUUUCCUGAGCCUUUGUUUUACCGUAUAUUGUAAACUUUUAUGUUUAAAAGAAAAAAAAAUAUAUACAUUUACAGAUUGUGAAAUUUUUAAGAGAAAUUUUCUACUAUGUAUGCUGGCUUAUUUUUUAAUUUAAAACAGGGUUUCCUUGAGCGCUGUCGGAGGCGGGGGAAGAGCUGCAGCCCCUCCCUCCCUCCCUCCCCACGGCAGUGCUGGGGCGGAGGGUUCCGAAACUCUGGGAGUUGACAGAAACCUGCUGAGUGUAUUUUGCUGUUUGUUCUGGGGGCAGAGCUGGGCCAGGCCGGGCGCAGGAGCUGCUCAGAGGCACGUGGGGAGCGCUGGCUCCGGCUCCACCUGCCUCCCCUCCCGAGGCCUCGGCCACGUGUGGAUUUCCCUCAGGCAAAAAGGUUUUGGUGCGUUUGGCACUGAGCAGUGCCAAGCCCUGGUUUGAAUAAAGACAAGAACCUUUGGAUUAGAAACACCA